AUGGCGGCUUACAAUUUCGUCAACGUCUCGGUCAUCCAGCCUCCGUCUUCAGGUUUCGGUCUGCAGUCUGCCAUCAAGCCGCCUUAUUCGACACUCGGGAAUAGCGUUGCAAUUGAUCUAUACCAGGGCGGCUGCGGAAUUGGCGACAAGGACAGUGUCAAUUGCUCCUUGGCUUGCCAGGACUCCCAAUAUCUAUUCAAGUCCACUUACACCAUCGCAAAUUGCCUCACGCUCGCCUAUGCAGCCAAUCUCGUGCCAAAUGCAUCACUCAUUACGGGUCACAAUUCCGCCGUCGAAGCCCUAGGUGCUUUCGUUGGGCUGGAGCACAUGUCCCAGUUCGACUUCAACACUACCAUCGACAAUUUUCUCUACUGCACCGCUGCGGCCUGUACAAAUGACUCUCUCAUUACCUGUGGCAGCCAGGUGCAGAAAAUCAUUGCCGACAGCCCAAUGAAUACAUCUUCUACCAAGUUACUAACGACCAUAGAGGCUGUGGCAAGUCUUUGUGACGAUGGCGCAGGACUUCUCGUGGUGUUUUAUGCUCUGUCGUUAUGGGCUUGUGACGUACCACAUUUCAUCUCGAAAUCUUGGUCCGUCCGUGAGAAGCGGAAAGUCGUCGAUGUACAGCCCGGUUGGAGGGAACGGACAGGAGCCUUGAUACAUUCCACCAUGGUCGACUUCCAGGAAGCCCAAAUCUACUUUGCAUUGGCCCUCGCAACAGGGACUUUCAUGGCAGCCAAGGAUCCAGGUGCGUCAGGGGAGACUCAUUACGAAGCGGUGUAUGUCGACCACAUGGUCAAGAAGUGGUUUCUGGUUCUGGCCCUCUCGACGCUCUCAAUCUCCCAGCUCAUGGUAUUUAUGACCUCACAACGAUCGUGGUACAAGACAGCGAUCUCCAUAAUCACUGUAGUGCUCUCUACUGUCUUUUAUGUGUUGCUGCCGCCUAUCCAGAACGCCGACGACUACCCGACAAUCACGCAUAAUCCAGACUGGGCUUUAUCGGAAUGUGGAGGACACGCCUCUCCUGUGGUGCGAUGCAGCAAUACGUUUUGGUCAUCGUUCGACAAGUCGUUCAAGCUCACCAAUACUACCACGGUCUUGGCUGUGCCUUAUCUCGCCUUUUCCUGGCGUCUCGCCUAUCAAUUCGUCCUCUCCCCCAAGAGUUCCUCAACUGCUCCAGACUCGCAACGCCGAGUGAUGCACCUGGCGACUCCCUUGGCCAGGACAAUAGUGCUUGGUUUCACUCACGCGUUCAUCCUGGCUUAUUGCUACAUCGUCAUGAUAAACAUCCUGAUCGCCUUUUUGGCCAACUCUUCCUGGGACUGGUCGCCAGACAAGAUCUGGCCUCUGGCUAUUCUGUGGUUCUCGGUCGCGAUCAAAUCUGCUUAUCUUGUUCUGGCGGGAUUCGCAAAGAUAUUUGGCAUGCGUCUUCCCAAGCCAUAUAUAUUCUGA